UGACUUGAUUUUUGACUGCAUGAAAGAAGCAUCCAGGGCAAAAUACAGAAGCAUUGCUUUCCCUGCAAUGGGAACAGGAAAUCUGGGCUACCCUCGAGACAUUGUGGCCAAAUGCAUGCACGAUUCUAUUAAUGAAUUUGGAAACAAGAAAUCCAAAAUCACUUCUCAAAGAUGUCAAAAUUGUGGUCUAUGAUAAAGAUCAUGCAACAGUAAAGGCAUUUGAAAGUGAGCUAUCAAAGUCUUCAGGACCAUCAUCUGGCACUCAAAAAAUAAAUCGCAGAAACAGACAAUUUGAUGGAAUCUCAAUGGACACAGAAGAUAGUAGUGACUGGCAGCAGGUAUCUCAGUCCGACCUUUCUGAAGGUUUCAAGAUUGGAUCAAUCUCACUGUCAGUCAAGCAAGGAGACAUCACAAAAGAAAAAGUGGAUUGCAUAGUAAAUAGUACCAAUGAACGUCUUGAUUUCACACAAGGUGGUGUCUCCCAAGCAAUAGCAAGAGCAUGUGGACAGAGACUAAAGGAUGAAUGUGACAAGAAAGUGAACAAAAUGAAAAACAAUGGGAUUAUUUCAACUGGUGCAGAAGGUCUUGAGUGUAAAGCUAUUGUGCAUGUAAACACAUCACAUGCAUAUUUCAAUGAUUGGAAAAAGGUUAUCUCCAAGUGUUUAUCAGCAGCAGAGAAUAUGCCUGGUUUGACAUCAAUAGCUUUUCCAGCUCUUGGUACAGGUAUAGCUGUCGGUUCAGUUGAUGAUGUGGCUGAAUCCUUUGUGGCUGCAAUUAAUAAUCACCAGAUGAUUGACCCUUCAAUUUGUGAUGUCCGAAUCAUCAUAUUUCAACCUGACAUGCUUCAGUCGUUCACCAACACAAUUAAAAAAGCACUUGCAAAUACAGCUGGCAAAUCUGGAUUUUUGGAUACAGUCAAAGGCUUUUUCGGCCUAGGCCCUAAACAUGGAGAGGUUACCCAACCAUCUGUUCAAGAUAAAAGUUCUGAGAUUCCUCUGUAUUACUUCUCUGAUGACGCUACAUGCAUUGAUCGGUGCAUUCAGCAUGUUGAAAGUUACUGUGGGGAAGAAAUCAUCACGAAAGUAAUUGCUGAUGAAGCUUUGGAAAACAUGAAUCAAUCUCAGGUAAAACUAGAAAUGCUAGAAUAA